AUGAAUAUUUUAUACGACGACUUUGUUCUCUUGCAACCGAAUUUUAAGAGUUUUAUUAAUCUCAAAGAGUUGUCUCUGACCCUCCCGCACCAUCUCUAUGACGAUUUCUACUUCCAAGACUUUGACAUCCCUUCCAUACAAAAAGUGGUGAUACUCCUGCACCUCUCACAACUCGAACAACUUUCCUUUUUUUCAUUUCCCAAACUGAAGACGCGGAAGUACAUAGUAAUCAUCAACAACUCAAUUUCUUCUCAUGAAAUCGAUUUGAGUCCAAUUUUGAAGUAUACUGAGAACGUGGAGGUCUAUGUCAACUUUUUGAAUGCAAAGACACUGAAGUAUAAAUACCUUCCACUUCUUAAUUAUUGCUUUGAAUCGCGGAGAGAGACUCUUGUACGAUACGUCGAUGUCUUCCUUAAUAUGUCAAACAAGACUGAUUUGGUCGUGGAGACCUUAAAAAAGUGUUACACCAAUCGCCUCACCAUUUCUUCGUUUACAGAAGCCUUUAAUAAGAUCACCACACAACAUGAAAACCAUUUGAAGCCAACUUUCAAUUUGUCGUCUUACAAUUCGAUUAAAGAAUUGUUCAUAGUAAAUGCCACUAUCGACUCAAUAACACUUCCAAUGAGUCUUGAGAGACUUUCAGUCAAACAUGUCUUUGGUGAUAUAUUGUGCUCUCACUGUCACUUACAUACUCUUCAGAUCGAUUCUUACAAAGGAAAGUUUCUUCUUAUUAAUUUCUCUAAUUUAGAGCAAAUCACUUGGACCGACUUUUUAAUUUCUUCAUUCAUGUUUUUUGAUAAGCCACAAAUUCUUCCAAACGGAGUUUCUGUCGAUUUAACACAGAUCAAGCUCAUUAAUGUGAAAUCUCAAUAUAUCCUCCCUUUUACUUUUUACGUCGACACAAAACCUGUUUGUGCCUUUACUGCCAAAGAAGUGUAUUAUAGCGCACUCGACAGAAGUGUAUCAGUCGAUUCCUUUACUGGUACUCUCAAUUUCUCAUCUGUUCAGUGUAACGUCGUUGACAUUUCCAAUGCCACAAUGAACAUCUGUACUACAAUUCCUCACAAAACAGAGAACCCAAGUACUUUAAUAUUGAGUGAUGUUGACUCUUGUACAAUAUAUGGGGGAUUUUAUAAUAAAAUACUAUUAAAUAACGUUAAUCAAUUAACUCUAAACAGUACCUUUGUCAACACAUUACAUGUCAAUUCUGUAAACACUUUCAUACACAACAAACAGACCAAAGUCACCACUUUCAUAUCAAAUACUUCCAAUUCAAAGAGUAAAUAG